UAAAAAAUUUACAUAAAAAUAAAUGACGAUUUUAGAUUUCACAUACGAUUUUGUUUUUGGGUACAAACGAAGGAUUUAAUUGUUGGGUUAGUUGUUAAAAGUCCUCUGGAGCUUAUUCUUCAAGUUCAACUGAGUUGACCACUAUCCCAAAACCAGAUGCUCGCAAUUUCGGCUGCCAACAGUCACUUCAUUGCUCACCUUCCCGCCCCCUCAAAUGAUCCAAACCCACGAGCAAAACCCAUUUCAAACAAACCAAAUCAUCUCCAAAUCCUCAAGAAAUGCACCCAUUUAAUCCAAUUCAAGCAAGUUCAUGCGCAAUUCAUCAAAACUCCACUUCACCAGUCCAAUACCUACCUUUCCAAACUCAUCCAAGCCUUAGUUGACUCCGGCGACCUCCCUUACGCCCGCCAGGUAUUCGAUCAAGUAACCCAGCCCUCCACAUUUGCUUUCAACACUAUGAUAAGAUGCUACGGAACAAAUAACUUGGGCCAUGAUGGAAUUGACCUUUAUAUCAGAAUGAGACACCAGGGGGUUGACGCGGAUAAUUUUACUUACCCCUUUCUUUUAAAGGCUUGCAGUGGUCUAAAACAAGGCAAAGGAGUCCACUCUCUGGUUGUCAAGGACAAAAGAUUUAGUUCCGAGAUUCAUUCUUUAACUUCUUUGACGACGUUUUAUUGUUCUUUUGGUGAUGUCGGUUCUGCUCGGUUGUUGUUUGAUAGUAUGCCCGAGAGAAAUGUGGUUACUUGGACUGGUAUCAUAAAAGGAUAUGUGAAGCAAAAGAGAUAUAAAGAAGGGAUUGAAUUAUUUAAUCAAAUGAAGAAUUAUGGGGUCGAAAUAAAUGAAUUGACUUUGGUUUGUAUACUCUCGGCAUGUGCUAAUUUGGGGGCUUUGGAAAUAGGUCAAUGGGUGCAUGAAUAUACUGAUAGAAAGAGAAUAUUUUUGAAUCCAAAGCUUGGUGCUGCCCUUAUUGAUAUGUAUGGUAAAUGUGGUCACAUUGACAAGGCUUAUCGAGUUUUCAAGACUCUGCCUUGUAAAGGUGUUUAUGUUUGGAAUGCCUUGAUUGGGGGACUGGCAAUGCAUGGUUAUGGGAUUGAAGCCAUUAAAAGAUUUAGGGAAAUGCAAGGGAACGGAAUAAAGCCGGAUCGGAUCACGUUCAUUUCGGUUUUAUCUGCUUGCAGUCAUUCAGGAUUGGUGGAGAAAGGAAAGGAGAUUUUUCAUUCAAUGAGAAAGGAUUUCGGAUUUGAGCCUGGCAUCAAGCAUUAUGGAUGCUUUGUGGACAUUUUAUGCAGGGCAGGACUCUUGAAUGAGGCAUAUGAGGUUAUAAUGAACAUGCCAAUGGAACCAAAUGCGGUUUUGUGGGGAACUUUGUUGAAUGCCUGUGCUGCAGCUGCGAAUGUUGAGCUAGCCGAGGCGGCAAUGGAACGACUGAUGGUUUUGGAACCUUGUAAUGAUGGAAACUAUGUUCUUAUGUCGAAUAUUUAUGCCGUGAAGAAACGCUGGAAUGAUGUAGCUAGGAUUAGAAAGAUUAUGAAAGAUGAGCAGAUAUUGAGGAAUCCCGGCCAUAGUUCAAUUGAAGUGGAUAAUGUUGUCCAUGAAUUCAGGGUUGGUGAUGUCAGGCAUCCCUGUUCGGAACAGAUAUAUGACAUGUUGGAAAAAGUAGUAAUAACCAUAAAAGAACCUUAUUUUUAAGGUCUUGUCUUCGAGGGUUGAUUAGAGUUGAGCCCCUCGUCCAAGUCCAAAGUCCCAUCCAAAAUUAAGAGAGUGUAAAAAUAUUGGUUUAAAAAUUGAGUUUUUAAUAAAAAAAUAAAAUUUGUUUUCUAAA